AUGGCACCUUCGAUCAUAACAUCAACCGUGGCAGACGGCAAGAUUCCUGCAGUUUACACCACCCAAGACGCGAAGGACCUUCCAGAGAGCUUGUUGUCGCAUUUUGCUCCCAAUAUUAAUGGAAAUCACAGCAAAGAUGGUCUCAAAGCCGCAGCCGCCGACCGACUUGAGGAGCACUCAGUCCCAUUCAAUCCACAGUACGCACUAGAACCUCGCAAACUUCGAAUCAUCACAAUCGGCGCCGGCUUUUCCGGCUUGUUGAUUGCCCACAAGUUCCAACAUCGUUUCCCAGAACUUCAGGACUUCGUAGACCAUACAAUCUUCGAAGGUCGAAAUGAUAUUGGGGGAACAUGGCUAGUCAACACGUACCCCGGUGUGCAGUGCGAUGUACCCUCUCAUAUUUAUGCCUUCCCGUUUGAUCCUAAUCCGGAUUGGCCUCGCUUCUAUUCAAGCGGACCUGCUAUCCAUGACUACAUAAAGAAAACGGCAAAGAAGUGGAACCUUGAUCGCGAUGUGCAAUUAAACACUCGGGUUGUUGGUGCCUACUGGCAGGAACAAUCUGGCAAAUGGAAGAUCACGGUGGAACACGGAGGAAUCGAGCGCGAUGAGUAUUGUGAUAUCCUUAUCUCAGGCCAAGGUAACUUGGUGAACCCUUCUUGGCCCAAGAUUCCCGGGCUUUUCGAUUUCAAAGGCCAUGUCACACAUUCUGCAAGGUGGGACCACGACUACGACUAUUCCAACCAGCGGAUAGCUGUCAUUGGCAAUGGAUCAUCCGGCAUUCAAAUUGUGCCUCAAAUGACCAGGUUACCCGGUACGACGGUGCGCAACUUCAUUCGCGGUCCAGCUUGGGUCUACUAUCGCGUCCCUCCUUCAAAGCAUCUUGGGAGAGACACGGAAGACACAAACCCGGAAUUUCUCGAAGAAGAGAAAGAGCGCUUCCGCGAUCCCGCCCAGCAUCGAGAAUACCGCAAAGGCAUUAUUCACCGUACCAACAAGGCAUUCCGUUUGUUCAUGAAGGGAGAACCCAAUGAGUCUGUUGUGAAACUUGCAUCAGCUCAGAUGGCUGAGAAACUUAACCACGAUCCCGUCUUGUGCGAACAACUCAUCCCCAAGUGGGAAAUUGGUUGCCGUCGAGUGACUCCAGGGCCUGGCUACCUGGAGUCAUUCUCGAAGCCGAAUUGCAGUCUCACAUCGAGUCCAAUUACCAAGAUCACCGAGAAGGGUAUCGUCACUGCAGACGGGGAGGAGUAUGAAUGCGAUGUUUUGAUUUGUGCCACCGGGUUCGAUGUCUCCAAGUGCCCCCGAUACCCUCUAGUCGGCCAGAACGGUGUUCAUCUCGCCGAGAAAUGGAAAGACGAACCUAGAUCCUAUCUAUCAGUUGGAACCGACGACUUCCCCAACUAUUUCACAAUGGCCGGCCCCAACUGCCUCUGCGGUCACGGAUCACUCGUCGAGGCACUAAACUGGACAGGCGAUUACUUCGUCAAAAUGAUUAAGAAGAUCGCCACAGAAGACAUCAAAUACAUGGUUCCAAAGGCCUCUUCCGUCCACGCAUUCGCCAAGUACCAGGAUGAAAUUCACAAGACAUUGGUGUGGUCCGGCUCCUGCCGUAGCUGGUACAAGAGAGGUACCGUGGACGGCAAAGUCACACAUCUAUUCGCGGGCAGUGCUGUCCUGUUUCGCCGGCUACUCGGCGAGAUUCGCGCGGAGCACUAUGAUAUUGCUUACAACUCGGGCAACCCGUUCCGCUUUUUGGGCAACGGUUUCACGGAGUGGGAAAUGCAGGAGGAUGCCGAUCUGGGAUGGUAUGUGCAGGUUCCUAAACCUGGUCCCGAGGCCUACAUCAACGAUAAGAGCUGGUUGGCGAAAUAG